AAAAAAAAAAAAAAGAAAGAAAGAAAGAAAGAAAGAGAAAUGUGUUCUGCAUUGUUUGACUUGGUGGAACUGUGUUGCACAAACCUUUUUCUGGGGGACACGUUGAGUGGGGUGGGUGGAAGAGGGUGUGGAGCCGAACUGAUUUUGCAAUUUAAAUAAUCUGCCUUCUUUCAAGCUACCUGAAACGUCCAAAGAAACAAGUUUUAGUUUAACUGAUGAAAAUGCAUGCUGUCACACCCACCCAAAACACUCCUCUAGAUCUGAACUUUUUCAUCGAUUCUCCAAAUCUAUUCUUCCUGCCUCAGCGCCGGCUUUUCCUAACACCCUUCAGUGGGUACCAAUCCUGUCUGUACUGCAAGGAGACUGGUGCUCCCCACGCCUCCUGGGGUUAAUCCUGCAGUCGGGUUUGGGCAUGGACCUGGCGGCCUUGCACCGGAGCAUGCUAGCAGCUGACUGCUGACUCAGAGGGGAAAGCCAGCCACCCGCGAAUCUCUUUGCAGCUCGCUGCUGCAUCCCUAUCCCACAAUCCCUUGCUGCAGUGUGGCUUGCUGCAGUCUUUUCAACAGACGCUGAGAAAAAGAUGUCCUGUAAGAUAAAGAUUGAUUGGUCUGAAUACGGAAGGGGGUCUCCUACUUGUUAAUGACCCAGAAACAUUCCUGCCGACUUUCCUGAGCCUUCUCUCAUUUCCUCCAUUUUUUUUUUCUCUUCCUCUGUCCUGUCCGUGAGCUGGCACAUCUCUACUUAGAGCAGAAGAUAAUGCUGGGCUUCUGAUGAUGGCUGCAUUGCAUGCAGCGUGCAGGGUCGAGGACAGCCGGCCCCCCAUGUCAGUGGUCUAGGAUGGCCAGUGAGGGCGCCAGCAUCCCAAGCCCCGUGGUGCGCCAGAUCGACAAGCAGUUUCUGAUCUGCAGUAUAUGCCUGGAACGGUACAAGAACCCCAAGGUCCUGCCCUGUCUGCACACUUUCUGCGAGAGGUGCCUGCAGAACUACAUUCCAGCCCACAGCUUAACCCUCUCCUGCCCGGUGUGUCGCCAGACCUCUAUCCUGCCUGAGAAAGGGGUGGCCGCACUCCAGAACAACUUCUUCAUCACAAACCUCAUGGACGUGCUGCAGCGAACGCCAGGCAGCAAUGGCGAGGACUCUUCCAUCCUGGAGACGGUCACCGCUGUGGCUGCGGGGAAGCCUCUUUCGUGCCCAAACCACGACGGGAAUGUGAUGGAAUUUUACUGCCAGUCCUGUGAGACGGCCAUGUGUCGGGAGUGCACGGAGGGCGAGCAUGCGGAGCACCCCACGGUGCCACUGAAGGACGUGGUGGAGCAGCACAAGGCCUCCCUCCAGGUCCAGCUGGAUGCAGCCAACAAAAGACUCCCAGAAAUAGAUUCUGCUCUUCAGUUCAUCUCAGAAAUCAUCCAUCAGUUAACUAACCAAAAGGCCAGCAUCGUAGAUGACAUCCACUCCACCUUUGAUGAGCUGCAGAAGACUUUAAAUGUUCGCAAGAGCGUGCUGCUCAUGGAGCUCGAGGUCAACUACGGCCUCAAACACAAAGUGCUGCAGUCGCAGCUGGAUACCCUGCUCCAAGGCCAGGAAAGCAUUAAGAGCUGCAGCAGCUUCACUGCGCAGGCUCUCAACCAUGGCACGGAGACGGAGGUGCUGCUGGUGAAGAAGCAGAUGAGCGAGAAACUGAACGAACUGGCGGACCAAGACUUCCCACUGCACCCGCGCGAGAAUGAUCAGCUGGAUUUCAUCGUGGAAACCGAGGGACUGAAGAAGUCCAUCCACAACCUGGGGACCAUCCUCACCACUAACGCUGUCGCCUCGGAGACGGUGGCCACGGGCGAGGGGCUUCGGCAGACCAUCAUCGGCCAGCCCAUGUCCGUGACCAUCACCACCAAGGACAAAGACGGAGAGCUCUGCAAGACAGGCAACGCGUACCUCACCGCCGAGCUCAGCACCCCCGACGGCAGCGUGGCAGACGGAGAGAUCCUGGACAACAAGAACGGCACCUACGAGUUCCUGUACACCGUGCAGAAGGAGGGGGACUUCACCUUGUCCCUCAGGCUCUACGACCAGCACAUCCGAGGCAGUCCGUUUAAACUCAAGGUCAUCCGCUCUGCCGAUGUGUCCCCCACCACCGAGGGCGUGAAGCGACGAGUCAAGUCCCCCGGGAGCGGUCACGUCAAGCAGAAGGCUGUGAAGAGACCCGCCAGCAUGUACAGCACCGGCAAGCGAAAAGAGAACCCCAUCGAGGACGACCUGAUCUUCCGAGUGGGUACCAAAGGAAGAAAUAAAGGAGAAUUUACAAACCUUCAGGGUGUAGCUGCAUCUACGAGUGGAAAGAUAUUAAUUGCAGAUAGUAACAACCAGUGCGUGCAGAUAUUUUCCAAUGAUGGGCAAUUCAAAAGUCGCUUUGGCAUCCGAGGCCGAUCACCUGGACAGCUACAGCGGCCCACAGGGGUAGCAGUGCACCCCAGUGGGGACAUCAUCAUCGCAGAUUAUGAUAACAAGUGGGUUAGCAUUUUCUCCAAUGAUGGGAAGUUUAAGACAAAAAUUGGAUCAGGAAAGCUGAUGGGGCCCAAAGGAGUUUCUGUGGAUCGAAAUGGGCACAUUAUUGUGGUGGACAACAAGGCGUGCUGUGUGUUCAUCUUCCAGCCGAAUGGGAAGAUAGUCACCAGGUUUGGUAGCCGAGGAAAUGGGGACAGGCAGUUUGCAGGUACCCUCGACGGUCCCCAUUUUGCAGCUGUAAAUAGCAAUAAUGAGAUCAUCGUUACAGAUUUCCAUAAUCAUUCUGUCAAGGUAUUUAAUCAGGAAGGAGAAUUCAUGUUGAAGUUCGGCUCAAAUGGAGAAGGAAAUGGGCAAUUUAAUGCGCCAACAGGUGUAGCAGUGGAUUCAAAUGGAAACAUCAUUGUGGCCGACUGGGGCAACAGCAGGAUCCAGGUCUUUGAUGGCAGUGGAUCAUUUUUGUCCUAUAUCAACACAUCGGCUGACCCCCUUUAUGGCCCCCAAGGCCUGGCCCUAACUUCGGAUGGCCACGUUGUGGUUGCAGACUCUGGAAACCACUGUUUCAAGGUCUAUCGGUACCUACAGUAACAGCGGACACCCCUGCACUGAGGUCUUGCACUAGAAACUGGAAUAGAGUUUUCAAUGUGGGACCAGAUUACAAUAGGACUUUUCAAACUAGGAAGAACCUUCGGUGAACUUCCCGAGAUUAUUUCUGAAUGUAACGAUUUCCUUAAAAACUGCUUAUCCAAUUCCAUAAUUCACUUUUAGGAUUUAAAAAGAACCUCUUCUAUUGAAUCUAUACAAGCUGCGAUGUUUUACACCUGUGAACUAUGGCUCAUAGGACAGGGAUUUAUGUAGUUAAACUAAUUUUGCAAAUCAGACAUUAAAAAGAAUUAGCAUAUCUGUUGACUGGUGAAUGAAUGGUAGCCUUUGCAUCGAGCUUCCAAGAACAAAACUUGUAGUUACCUAUUUUAUUUAACUUUGGUCACAAAACCCAAGGGACCUUCUAACCUCACUUUUACAGUAGAUGCUAUUACUCUGGUGACUUUUUGGAGGGUGGUUAUCAACAACCAUUAUAAAUUACUUUAGAAAAAUCUAAGGCUGUCUUGCAAGAUCCUCCCAGCUCUGACUCAGGGCCCUCUUGAGUUGAGUCAUCAGAAUCAAUGCAAAUUUCUCAACCUUUCUGGGUUCGAUCAAAGAUCUUUCUCGUGUGUCCUCUCUACCUUCUCUUUCUACUCACCUUGCAUCAGAAAAUGAAAUCUAUUUUCAGGAAAACCUGAAAUUCCCGAUGCUUUGGAAGGUUCAUGGCAAAAGCAAGGGGGGGUUGUUAGCUUCAGAUCAACACACUGGAAUGUAAUCAAAAGAACUCAUGUUCAUGCCAUGUGUUCACAUGUCUUUCCUCUUCCACAUCAUGAAAGCGAAAGCUUUACCUCCUGCAAAAUGUCAGCACAUGUAGUCGGACACCAGUGUCCUAGGACAGAGAGCCAUAAGCAGCCCUUUGGAGGACAGAUGGUGUCAACCAAAGGCAUGUGAUUGAUUAUUGACUUCCCCUUAGAGAGCAAGUGUUACCAAAGUUCUGUUGAGCAUUACAGGUAUGGGCAUGUUACGGUUAUUUAUCAUUGUCUAAUGAAUACUAGAGGCGUUAGGGGACAAGUAUACAUGGUUAGGGUAAGAUAGAAUGUAUUAUACUUAUUAUAUAUAUAUACAGCGGAGUCCUUGGUGUGUGGAAAUAGGAAGCACUCGGAAAGGCGGAAGUAUUGCCCAGCCACCCUUCAGCACAUCCCCUCGCUUGCUGCGGUCUGAAGCCGUCCUGGUGGAGCGAGCCUACAGCAGUUCUGAGCCGUUGCCAUUUUCCAGCACGAUGCUGACGCCUGACUUCCAGGCAGCAAAUGACCUUCUUUUGCUCUCAAAAAAAAAGAGAAAGAAAGAAAAAGAAAAAGACAUCUCUAAAAAUUGAGUUUGAGUUACCUUUCAUUCAAGUAUAAAUACAUUUUGAGAAGUAUUUCCUGUCAUGGAUACUGUAAAAUAAGAUGUGGUCUGUUUCUACUCAGUUCUACCAAAUAGGAAAAUUGUGUUUGACAUGUUUGCUAUGACUUUGGGAUUUCUUUCAUGGAAAACACCUUGGAUAACUGUAAGAAAACUCUUCCUUUACAUACAUAUGAUGAUGUUUAUGACUUAUUAUAUUGAAAUUCUAAUGUUCUCAAUAUAGGAGUGUUAAAAUUUAGAUGGGAAAUCUGAAUACUUUCAUUGGUCUAUUUAAUUUAUUAUGCCUAAGUCAACAUCUUGGGGGUGCUUUAUUUUCAGAAGAUUUACACUUGGGUUAAGGUUAUUAUUAUUUUAGUUCUGUGGAGUCUAAAAAUGUUCAAGCCUGACUAUGAUAGACAUGAAAUUCAAUUCCAGUUUUAGAGUGGUAAAGUAAGACUGCUUCUGAAUUCCAUGGAAGAAUAAGCCUUUGACCUUAUGUUUUGAUUUUUAAAUUUUUUUCUUGGUGCUGGGGAUGGAACCCAUGGCCUCAGACAUGCUAAGCAAGAGUCCUACAGCUGGGCUUUUCCUGCAGCCCAAGCAUUCAGUACAAACCUCAAUAUUUGUGUCUACAGACUUCCUACCAGGCGCCAGGAAUGCAUCUGGGCACUGGACCUGAGGGAUGCGUGAGAGAGACAAGCGUCUCUGUCCUCUUAUAGCUCAUAUUCUGGCAAGGGGAUUUUGUUGUGCUGAUUACUAAUACUCUGCCUGCAGGACUAUUUCUGGACGAUUUAAAAGAAAGUGUUUUUUAAAUGAGUAAAUUAAUUUAAUUUUCACAAACCAAAAACUUUUUUUAAGAGUUCACCACAGACUGUUUUUGUUUGUUUGUUUGUUUUGUUUUCUUGGAAUGGAAUCCAGGGCUUCAGGCAUGCUAGACACUUGCUUCACAGCUGGCACGCGCCUUCAGACUGUAACUAUGAAUUUGAAAGUGAAUUUACUGAAUGAGUUCUUUUUGUACAGCAUUGUGAUACUUGUGAACUGAGAAAUUAGCUCAAAAACCAAUCGCCCUAACAUAUAAAAUAUCGUAUCAGGCUUGGUAUCUCAAUAGGAAGUACUACAAAUGAAGGUUUUUUUUUUUUAAACACAUGGAUAUUGGUACAAACUGGAAUGAAAGGAUAAUUUAAUUUAGAUCUACUAAAGCACCUGCUGUGGACACUCCAGGGAACACUCAUUCUACUCUUGGGUAUGUGCGUGCACUUAACUGUAUUUCUUCGUGGUAAGCAUAUUUGGGGGGGGUGCUGCUGCUAAGAUACAAAUAGGCAAGAUCCAAAUGAAAUCUUGUCUCAUUUGAUGGGAAUGGUUUCUGGCAAACUAGGAAGGAUUAUUCAAAAUAAGUGGCUUUUUUAUUUUGCUCUAGGCUACUGUUAUUGUUUAUCUUUGUCAACUGUAUAGAACCAGUUACACUCAUGAUGUAUAGCACUGAGAAAGUAAGCAUUCAAAUUUCCCUUGGGCACUAAGGACAAAAUACCUUCAGUUAUUUUUUGUAGGUUAACGACAGUGUGUCUUCUCCUACAUAAACCUCCCCUGCUGGACACGGGGUGGUAGGGAAUUACUUGACCAUCCGGAAACACACUACUAGAAAGACUGUUAGCCAGCGUUUUAAUGAUGUGUAAAAUUUUUAUGAAACUUUAGUCUCCAUAACUAAACAAGCCCCUGAGUUUCCUAAACUGGACAAAAUUUGAGGUGAUAAGUACGCCUGGUCCAUGCAGCUGUUGCACACCUGCUCCUGCUAUAUGUACAGGGUAUAUAUGUCCUCACAGGGAAUGAACUGGAAUAGCAAUGUGUUACCAGGUGUAUGGAGCCUCACUGUGAAGGGUUGGCACGAACACUUUGGUGAUUGGUGCCCACAGAGAAAACUGGAAAGAGCAGAUCAGCACCAGGCCAUCUGUAGAUCACUUCAAAUGGGGAAAGUCUCUGUGUGCAUUUUGACUCUGUGGCGUUCUCUCUGUUCACGACUUUUGAAAAGGGAAGAGGGAAGCUUGUGGUGAGUGUUUUUCAAACAAGACCUUUCCAAGUAGGAUAAAAUCGAAGCUUUCUGAUGCAAACCUUAUCUAAUUCCCCUUGAAAUCGAAAGUCCUAAUACUGUUACUUUCUGUAAAUGUUGCAGGGUUUUAAAAUUUACAAUUAUUUUAAUAUUUUUGAUAACUAGGAAUCUAGUAUUGCCAUAAAGGAAACUAAGUGCCCAUUAAAAAUUUGUUUGGUAUAAAUAAAUGCUUUUUUUGGGGGGGUUUGUUUUAAAUGACAGUAAGCUACAAAUCAUGACGCUAAUCUGCAAAACACUUUCUAAUGAUGAACUUGUGUGGUAGUUGAUUGUGUGGUCUGCUUGUGGAGAGUGUAUGGAUGCUACUCAUUAAUAUUCUAGAAGAGAUUAAUAAUCAGCUAUGUUGUUCCAAUGAAUGUACAGCACUUCCAUUAACUUUUGAAAGCAACACAGCCUUAACCUCAGUGCUUUUGCUUUACGACGUGGGAUGUUCUGUCAUCAGCAAAGUGUGCGCUCCUAACAGUCUCUCUAUCAUUCCCAACCGUGCAGCCUUCUGAGCCUGCCCAUGAGCGUGAAGGUUGCUUGUUUCCACUUCAUUUCUUUGAAGAUUUUGUACAUUCCACCUUUACAGAUCUGUUUCAUACAUUUUGUGUAUAGAACACUGGUCUUGUGCUCUCUGCCAUCGAUUAAUAAUAUAGCCUCCUCCUAUGUUCUUUUAUGAAUCAAAAUGCUGACUGCCUAUUUAAACAGAAGAAUGGACGCUGUGCAUCAAUGUGUUUGUAUGUUCGUAGCUACAUACGUACCACAGUAUUUUGGAUGCUUUAGUCUAUAAUAAAACUUUAAAUUAAUUCUGUCUUGAAACACAGGAGAAACAAGAUUUGUGUGUAUAUUGUUACCAUGCACAAAAAUCUCAAAUCAUUAUAAUAAAGCUUGUUUUCUCCA